AUGAAUUCCACUCAUUCUAUAUUCUAUUUGCCGACAAUGAACAGCACAGAAGAUCUGAAUGAAAGCAGUAACUUGAACAACAGUGCAGCUUUGUGUGAACAGGUCCCAAUUAAAUCUGAAGUGUUUCUGACUCUAGGAAUCAUCAGCCUCUUGGAAAACAUCCUCGUUAUCCUUGCAAUUCUUAAAAACAAAAACCUCCAUUCUCCAAUGUAUUUUUUUCUCUGUAGUUUAGCAGUGGCAGACAUGCUGGUAAGUGUAACUAAUGCCUUGGAGACAAUUGUAAUGGCAUUUUUAAACAAUGGCUACUUAGUGGCUACUGACCAGUUUAUUCAACAAAUGGACAAUGUUUUUGACUCAAUGAUCUGUAUUUCCCUGGUGGCAUCAAUAUGUAAUCUACUGGCUAUUGCCAUUGACAGGUACAUCACUAUCUUCUAUGCUUUGCGCUAUCACAGUAUUAUGACAGUAAAACGGGCUUUAAUUCUUAUGAUAAUUAUUUGGAUUACUUGCAUCUGCUGUGGUAUCACCUUCAUCAUUUAUUCAGACAGCAAAACAGUUAUCAUUUGUCUUAUCACCAUGUUCUUCACCAUGCUUUUCCUCAUGACUACCCUUUAUGUCCAUAUGUUUAUGCUCGCUCGUCUACAUGUUAAAAGAAUUGCCACGUUCCCAGUUAAUGGUAUCGUUCAACAGAGGACUUGCAUGAAAGGGGCUAUUACCAUCACCAUCCUCCUUGGGAUCUUCAUUGUCUGUUGGGCUCCCUUUUUCCUUCACCUUAUCCUCAUCAUAUCGUGUCCUAAAAAUCCAUACUGCAUCUGUUACACAUCACACUUUAACACAUACCUGAUUCUCAUCAUGUGUAAUUCGGUCAUUGAUCCCAUGAUUUACGCCUUUCGAAGUCAGGAGAUGCGCAAGACUUUCAAAGAGAUCUGCUAUUGUGUGAAUCUCAGCUUACGUUGUAAGUGGUAA